AUGGUGCCCUGGCUCUUGCGUCAGCUGGAUGUCCUCAUGGAAGACAAGAAGUUUCCUGCGCCGGAUCCUAAUGGGAACGCUUAUAAGGCGAUGCAAGAAUGGAAAGAAGGGACGACGAUGGCUCUCCACUAUCUUAGUAAUGGACGCCAGAGGCUCCUUCGAGCGAUCAUCGCCGUCACAAAAGAUAUUGUCGAACAGUACCCAAAGCAUUGUCCGGAUACCUCGGAUGAAUCAGGCAAAUCGUCUUUGGUUCGAGUCCAUGAGCGGACAAACGAUCCAUACAGUCGUUAUAUGCGAUGGUCCGGCGAUGAUAUUCUGCAGCCAGACAAUGUGGACUUGAAAACUUCUACUGGCGUGCAAUUUCACUCCACCCGGCUACUCCAGUUGCCUCGGGAGAUGGCGGAAUAUCAUUUGCCUAGAAUCGUGAAUGCGUGCAAGGAACAGAAGACCUAUCAGAUGGGAGUGUCCUCUUCGCCGUCCGACAUCAUGCGCCUUGUGCAGCGGCCAGCACAGCAACAAUUCCCCUAUCCGGAGGCACACCGGGAUCAUCAUCAACUUCCUGCGAAUGUUUCUGUAUCAGCUCCUGACGGCGAGUUGAAGAUCCCGGAAGACAUGGAUAUGUCAUUGGAUAUCCUUGAUACCGUUCCUGAGGCAAGAACCAUCAUCAUUGCCUUCGCACGUCCAGGAGCCACCUCCUCCUAUGAACAUUAUAAGCUCUCUCGCACGGAUGGCGGGCCCAAAAAGAUCCUCAGUGCAGCUGAAAACGAGCGGGAUACGUCCAAACAUUCCUCACCAGUUGUACUUGCCGCCCAUUUGAAAAUCGGGGAAGGAACCUGUGGUUAUGUUUACAUGGCACAACAUGGUUUACACAGGAUAGCGGCAAAGGUCUCAAUGCCGGAACAAGAUGAACGUGAAUCUCUUGUUAAUGAGUACGAGACAUAUAUGCGCCUGCGACGAGCAGGACUUGAGGGGAAGGUGGCUCCCAGAUGCUUCGGGCUGUUCGAGGGUGAGACUAUGACCGUCUUGUUGACGGCAUAUUCUGGUUCUGCAGUUAAGGAUUUUGAUCAACUUAGCAUUGAAGAUCGCUUGUCCGUGUUCCGUGCUGCGAAAGCGAUCGAGGAUAUUGGUAUUCGGCAAGGCAGCUUUUCGUCACGAAAUGUCGUCUGUGAUGACAAGAACGUGUUCCGAGUCAUCGACUUCCAUCGAGGCACCUGGGAGAAAGGGCGAAAACCGACUCUCAAAGACCUGUACACCAUCUACUUCUACACAGAAGCAGUUAAACCGUCCUGGUGUGAUGUUCUGGAGCUUGAGUGGAGACACGUUGUCCCACUUCCCGAAACAGACGACUCUGACUUGAGUGAGGAGUCUGCUACGGGGAACUAG